AACUUUUUAUGGUCAUGACUACCUUCAUGAACGACUGGCUUGAUUCCAGGCUUAAAACUCUUUAUGUAACGAUUUUACGAGAAGUCAAGGGGGAAAACGUAUGGGAAGUUUACUUCCGGAACUAGAUUUGUUCAAAAAGGGGGCGGUCACUGUUGCGCUCUAUAAAAGCACGGGUUGACUGACUCCAGACGAGUCGAAGUCGGAAGUAUUUGAUCUUCAUUGAUUUUCUGCGUCAGUGCUCCUACCUGCUCCACCUUAUCGAUGGCUUCAUUGGUGUGCCCGUUCUACCAGCCCGCUAAACUGGACAAAGCCGUCUCUUCUCUGGAUUGGCUCCUGGGUAACUGGGAAUCAGUCGAGCCCGGAAAGGGGUCCUACCCCAGCCUGAAGGACUUCCGCUACACGGAGGAUCUUCACUUCGCCCAAAUGGGACAGCCCAUCAUCAACUUUAUGUUCAAUGCCUCCGAUGCAGAGACGAAGAAGAUACUUCACCGGGAGUGUGGCUUCAUCCAAAUGCAGACAGGCACCAACCGAGUGGCGUUCAUCAUCGCACAGAACUCUGGACUGGUGGAGGUUGAGGAGGGGGAGCUGGUGGGAAAGAAGCUGAGCCUACAUACACAAGCUCUGGCCAGGCCAUCGUUUGCCAAGGAGCCCCACGUCAAGGAGGUCUCCAGAGUGUUCCAGCUCCAACCAGACGGGAAGCUGGAGCAGACGCUUUCCAUGUCAACGGACAAGCAGCCAAUGACGCAGCAUCUGCACAUCACCUACAGUCGCUUGGCUUGAAGCAGAUUGGUUCUAAAAGGAACGCCGCCUUUUAGAACCAAAGUGGCCAAUAAUGGAAGAUCAUGCAACAUUAUUCCAACCUCAAAACGUUGCUUUGCACAUUUGUUUAUGGUCAUGACCAGGGAUUAAGGAGAACAGUUCAUGCACCAUUGGAUGGUUUGUUGUUCAUGUAUAAACAUGUUUCAAGACUUCAAUUCAUUUUGCAUGUAAAUUGCAUUUCGCUGUUCCCUUGGCUGCCAUACGGUUCAACACGUGAACAGAAUGUAUUUAAAGUAGUGUUUUGAAUUUCUAUGGUUUGGUGUUCUUUGCAAUCAAAUAAAAUAUUUGCUCAACACC